GCGACGCCCUUAGUCGUCAUAGACGGAAGUGCUCCUGACUGAGCGGAAGUAGAAGAUCUCGGAGGCUAAGAAGGUGGAGACCGCAGAAGCUGAAAGGUUCUUUAGCGUCACCUCCCUCACUGGGCGGCAUGGGGGAGAAGUCAGAGAACUGUAGGGUUCCAGAGGAUCUGUUCAAUGGUUUGAAGGUUUCAGAUAUUCAGGAAGCUGAGUGUGCUGGCCCUCCAGUUCCUGAUCCCAAAAAUCAGCAUUCCCAGAGUAAGCCGCUCAGGGGUGAUGAGGCCUAUCUCCAGGAGGACCAGGGAGAAGAGGAGUGUUUUCAUGACUGCAGUGCCUCAUUUGAGGAGGAGGCAGGAGCAGACAAGGUUGAAAACAAAUCUAAUGAAGAUGUGAAUUCCUGUGAACUAGAUGAAGAAUACCUAAUAGAACUGGAAAAAAACAUGUCAGAUGAAGAGAAACAGAAAAGAAGAGAAGAGAGCACUAGACUAAAGGAGGAGGGAAAUGAACAGUUUAAGAAAGGAGGUAAAAUAACUUUCAGCACUGAUAAUCUGGUCAUCUUGAUACCUCAUCCUGUCGUAGAGCCUGUGAAGAAACCCCAAAGAACAUUUGGAAACACUCUUGCUUUGGAAAAUACUAACCUGGAAUGUCAAAAGCCUAUGUGCUGCAUUGCUGUAAAAACCAUGGUCCCCACUCCUCACUUGCUGUGGUCCCCACUCCUUGCUCCUGUAAAAGCAGGCCUGACUGCUCUGAGAUUGCCUAAGCAAAUCGAAGAACGUAAUGAAAGACUAAAAGAAGAGAUGUUAGGUAAAUUAAAAGAUCUUGGGAACUUGGUACUCCGACCUUUUGGGCUCUCCACGGAAAAUUUCCAGAUCAAACAGGAUUCCUCUACUGGCUCCUACUCCAUCAAUUUUGUUCAAAAUCCAAAUAAUAACAGAUAACAAAGAUAACAAUAGCUUUAAAAGCUGACUGGAAAAUUGUGCGCUGCUUGCUGUUAGCAAGGGGAAAGGCCCUGCCAAUGUUUAACUUUUCAAAGCAUCUUAUCCAGCAGAGCCUAGUGCUCCCUUUUCCCUCUUUUGUGAUCAGGGUGAAAUGUACUUCCUGAUGUAAUGAACCUAAUUUGAUUUCCAUUUUAAGGUGAUGUCUGUGCAGCUGGUCUCCCUGGUUCUGGCUGUCCUUUGUCCAGGAAGAGGCCCAUUUGUCGAGGCUGACCUUCCUGAGUUACACAGACACACAGCCCACCAAAAGCCUCUCCUGAACCAAGCAGACCUGUUGGUUGGGAGACUGCCUAGACAUGACUGAUGGCAGGUUACUGCCUGCCUGCCUGCCCCUCCCUGAUCACACAGCUAACGAGGCUGUCUCCAGCAUUUCCUGAUUUCCUCUGUGGUAAUAAAAGCUUUCUGUGCUUA